AUGUCAGUCUAUUGUACUGGCACGUUUAUUGGUCAGCGUGUCCUUGAUUUUUCCAUACCCGCUGAUACAACAGAACAAGAGCAACUAAAAUUUACGUUGUGCUUUACUCCAACGAAACGAUAUCCAUCUGCGUUUGGUGCUGGAUUUUGUAGCACAAAAACGUCGUCAAGCAGCAUAAUCCAUGGAAUCUAUAACGGAACAACACAACAAACUUCCGUAGCCGAAGUAAUAAACGGCACAGCAGUCUAUGAAUAUCAAUGUAAACUGACGAUCGACAAACCAACCGGAGCAGUUUAUUUGCGUGGCACCUGGAAAUCAUUGGUAAAUUCAAAUCUUUUUGGUAAACUGGCAAUGAUUUGUGAACCAGAUACUCCAUCUCAUUGUCUAUCAGGAAUAUGGACGGGUGAAGCACAACCUGCUAUAGAACUUGCCGAUUUUUUCAUUCCUAUUAAUCCAAUUCGCUGGUGCGCUACGCUAUUUCGAACAAACAACGACACAUGGCAGCUAUUUGGUAGCGGCUAUUUCAACGAUUCAGCUGAUAUUCCUGAUCAACCCCUUUUGUUCUUUUCAUUGGAUGGAACAGGAACAUUAGAUGAUAUGAAAAUUAUCAAGAAAUAUACAACAACUGAUUAUAUUGUGGAAUAUCAGGGAAAAUUUAGCAAACGUGAAAAUGGUACCUACUCAUUUACGGGUAAUUGGUCAAAUGCUGUAGCAGGCAGUUAUGGUUCAUUUAUAGCUGAACAAUGUCGAUUGAAUCCAACGGUCUCAUAUCGACUUGAUAUUUGUCUGUGUGAAGUGUGUACAAAUGUUCUUAAUCCCGGUGAUAACCGCUGGUUUUGCUCCCAAUGUAGUUUUACUACGUGUCCUGGAUGUAAUCUCAAUGAUAUCGCAGUUGCGCAUCGACAUAAAUUGAUACCGCAUAUUCUUCCCACACAACAAAUAGCACAGGGUAAAACUUCUGCUGAAUUGAUCGACAGCGCUUUUAAGACGUUUGAAUCAUCUCCAUUUAUUGGUUUCAAAAGUACGCAGAGCAAGCAACUGGUAUGGGUCACCUAUGGUGAAAUGUCUAUGAAGUGUUAUGCAUUAGCAAAAUACUGGAAACAAUUUGUAGUGAAUGAUAGUAAACAUGUGAGACCGUUUAUUGUGAUAAUGGCCGAUACUUCACUCGCCUAUGUUACUUGCUUACUAGCUGGACUUUUGUGUCAAGCUGUGAUUGUUCCAAUUCAUAGUGCAUUACAGCUAGAUGCAUUAACUCAUGUUAUAUCAACAAUUGAUCCGUCUAUUAUCGUUGUUGACAAACAAUGUUUCGAUAAACUUUCAAUUAUUUUAUCACCUAAUUCUAGCAGAUUAAUAAUGACAAUUAGUGAAAGUGAAGAACAAUUGAAAUCAUUAACACCAAUCCACAAAGACUCGAUUUCAUUGACAACUGCUCUUGAGCUGGGUAAUAAAAUCCAUAAUGAUAUUCGCCCACAUUCCUCUUUAUCAAGCGAUACUGUGUCUGCUAUUCUUUCUACCUCUGGUAGUACAGGUUUUCCAAAAGGAGCGAUAUUCACCGAAGAAUUACUGGUCCCCAACGAUACAUUUACCCUUAUAUCGCCGUUUAUACGUAUUGAUUAUCAACCAUUUGAUCCCGUACUUGUACUAUCUCUAAUGAGUACGAUGCAAUAUGGAAGUAGUCGAGCUUUGACUAAUCUUAAAGAUAUGUGGGAUGACAUACGAGACAUAAAGCCGACAAGUCUCGGUUUAAGUCCUGCCAUAUGGACUUCCUUAUAUAAAACUUAUUUGGGAAAGUUAACAGGACUUUCAACGGCAGAACAACGGGAGACUGUAGCAAGAGAAAUGCGCGAAAGUUUAGGUGGUCGAGUGAUUGUUGGAACUUCGGGUGGCGGUUCGAUUUCCGCUUCUGUAUUGUCUUUCAUUCGGAGCACACUGAAAAUCGAUGUUGUCGAUAUGUACGGUUGUCGAGAAUGUGGUAAUAUUGCAAGAGAUGGUGUCAUCUAUCCAGGCGUUGAUGUCAAAUUGAUUGCGGUGCCUGAUAUGGAAUUGGAUGGCGAGGAUGAAGGUGAAAUUUGUGUUCAUUCGCCUCGUAUGAUUUCCGGUUAUUGGGGAAUUCCAAAGCAUUCUUCAUUCAUUGAAAUUGGCGGAAAAUCGUACUACAAAACCGGUGAUAUCGGAAAGAUAAAUCAAGGAACGGUAAUGCUGCAUGAUAGAUCUGGUACAAUGAUUAAAAAUGCGAUGGCUGAAUGGAUUGCACCAGUUAAAAUUGAGAACAUGUUGGAACAACUGUCAGAAAUUUCAUUAGCAUUUGUUCUAGGUGAUUCUAGUUGUUCCUAUUUGGCAGCAAUUAUAUGCCCAUCCCAUUCUGGUAGUACACUAAAUGAAACUGAAAUGUUACAGCUGAUUCGAUUUUAUGGCGUUCAUUGUGGAUUUCGUGGAUCGGAAAUACCCCAAUGUAUUUAUAUCGAGCGAGAUAUAACCUGGAAUGAAACAAACGGCCUAAUGACAGGAAAGAAAUGUCGCGGUGCACUACUGAAGCAUUAUUCUCAAAUAAAGGCUCAUCUUUUCAGCCGAAAUUUAAGUCAUGGAAAUGCAAGGAGUUUAAAUUUGAGUUCAGAAUUUGUUAGCAUAUUAGAAAAUGUAUUAAAUCGUUCAUUCCAAGGGCAGAUCAAUGGCGAAAACACAUUCUUAGAAAUCGGUGGUGAUUCAUUAGCUACUGCUCUUCUUUGCAAAGCCUAUAACGAACGUGGAAUACCUCUAAAUCCAUCGGCUGUAUACAUUUACCAAUUAGAUCAUCUGGAUGAAAUGUUAGCGAAAAAACGUCUCAUCUAUGAUGAAAUAGUCGUUGACAUUGAUUGGAAAAAAGAAUAUAAACUUUCUGACCAUAUUAAAAGUCUUAUUCAGAAGUCAAUAUCUCCACGAAAGAAAGACGUAUUCGUAACUGGUAGCACAGGAUUUUUAGGCCCAAUGCUUAUUAGUGAGAUUAUCGAACGAACAGAUAGCAAUGUUGUCAUUUAUUGCCUUAUAAGAGCGACGGAUGCGAAACAUGCACAGCAACGUCUAGAGCAAGAUUUACAAAAAUGUGAACGCUAUUCCUCAACUAAUUGGGUAAGAAUUCGAUGCAUAGCUGGUGAUGUUUCGAAAGAGAAUCUUGGCUUAACUUGUGAUUUAUACAGUGAACUAAUGCAACAAAUUGGAUUGAUUUACCAUAAUGCAUCAGUUGUUAAUAUGCAAAUACCCUAUACAGCCAUGAGAGACUCGAAUGUUGAUGGUACCUUGAAUUGUUUGCAACUUGCAUUGAAAUCUCAUGCCCGAUUUGUUUACAUAAGUUCAGUAGCCUCGUUGCCUGCUUCAGAAGCUUCCACAGAAGAUUCGGAUGGAUGGGUAAAAUUGACAUUGAAUGAAAUGAAUCAGAAAGAUGGCUAUGGGCAAACAAAGGCUGUUGUUGAACAGCUAUUGCACACCGCUUGUAAUUUGGGUGCUGAUAUCGUGGUUAUACGGCUUUGUACGAUUUCUGCUGAUACUCAAACAGGAUAUAGCAAUCUUUUGGAUUUUAUUAAUUUAUUGUUACUUGCUGAAGUUACAAUGGGAGCCGUCGUAGAAAAUGCAAAUAUCCUGUUACAUUUUGUACCAGUCGACUAUUGUUCGAGAGCAAUUGUUGUUUUAGCUAUGCAUUCCGAUAGCGGAGGAAAAUGUUUUAAUUUCUAUGGAAAUGGUUUGAGUAUUUCACUUCUUCAUAAAGCACUUGUCGACCAAUUGCCAGGUGUAAUAUGGACACAAAUAGCACAAAACAAUUGGAAACAAUAUGUACUAAAUAAUCUAUCUGAAAAUAGUCGAAUAUGGCCCUUGAGAGAAAAAAUUGCAUCGAUGAUAUUCAUUAGUGAAGAUCAUCAAGGACGAGAAUUAGGUGUUCGAACUGAAAUGACAAGAGAGUUUUUAAAUAAGAAAUGCGGCCUCAGUUGGUUCAGGGUGAUGGAACAAGAUCUAAUUAAAUCAGUCGAAUAUAUGAUCAAGCAAGGAUUUCUAACUCAUCGUCUGUCCUAA